AUGGGUCCGAAUAUCUUACUUUUGGGUUUAGAAGUCUUAUUGCGUACAACAGGUGAUGUUCUUCAUGUUAUGUCUAUGUUGGUUCUUUUGUUCAAGAUAAGACGAACGCGAUCUUGUUCGGGUAUUUCUUUAAAAUCACAAAUUCUGUACAUUUGUGUGUAUGGCUGGAGAUAUGUAGAUCUUAUCUAUGUUGGUUUGUAUCCUAAGUAUGUUAUGCGUAGUUUUAGGAUGGUUUACAAUACGAUUAUGAAAUGUUUGUUUAUUGGGUUGCAAAGUCAUAUUAUUUACAAUAUAGUGAAUAAGUACUACUAUUCUUAUGACUUGGAGUUUGAUGUGAUGCCUUUAUGGGUUUUAUUGGUGCCGGCGGUGGUGGGUGGUGGAUUUUUGACUUUACCUGGUAAUUGGAGUAGAGGGGAUGGUUUACAGAUGGGGGUGGACUGGUUAUGGGCGGCUUCGGUGAUUUUGGAGUCGGUUUCGAUUGUACCGCAGUUAGUAUUGUUACAGAAUGCUGGGGAGGGUGAGAGUUUAACGGUUUACUAUGUGGUGUUUAUGGGGUUGUAUCGGUUGUUUUAUUUGGUAUCUUGGUUAGUUAAAUGGUUGAAUGAUAUGAAGAUAUCGCAAUUGUUGUUACUUUCAUCGGUUGUACAAACUUUACUGUACACGAACUUCUUUUCGAUUUACAUUCAGUCAUUCAUUGCUAAAGGGAAGAGUUUAAGGUUGUAUCCUCCUACUUUUGUCCGAGAGGCCUUUGGGAUCCGCCAUGACCGGAAAGAGUAG